AUGAAGUUUAUGAAGUUGGGUUCGAAGCCUGAUGCUCUUCAAGCCGACGGGAAAUCUAUCAUCAGGUAUGUCUCAAGCGAUUUGGCCACUGAUGUCAUCAUUAAUGUUGGUGAAGUCAAGUUUUACCUUCACAAGUUUCCUCUCUUGUCUAAGAGUAAUCGACUGCAGAAACUGGUUUCAAAGGCAAACGAAGAGAAUUCUGAUGAAAUAUUCAUAGCUGAUUUCCCUGGAGGGCCUAAAGCCUUUGAAAUAUGCGCAAAAUUCUGCUAUGGAAUAACCGUUACUCUUAAUGCCUACAAUGUUGUGGCUGCCCGUUGCGCAGCAGAGUACCUAGAGAUGACGGAGGAGAUCGACAAAGGGAACUUAAUUUUUAAGAUUGAGGUGUUUCUAAACUCGAGCAUCUUCCGGAGCUGGAAGGAUUCUAUCAUUGUUCUCCAGACUACUAAAUCUCUUCUGCCAUGGUCUGAGGAUCUGAAGAUCAUUGGAAGAUGCGUAGAUUCCAUAGCUUCAAAAACUUCUGUGAACCCAGAACACAUCAUGUGGUCCUACACAUAUAACCGGAAACUAAGUGAGUCUGAUAAAAUUACCGAGGAUCAGAUGGCAUCUCGGGCAAAAAUUGAGUCGGUUCCUAGGGAUUGGUGGGUUGAAGAUGUAUGUGAGCUGGACAUUGAUCUUUACAAGCGUGUAAUGAUUGCUGUCACAUCAAAGGGAAGAAUGGACGGUGUCAUAAUUGGAGAGGCUCUAAAGGUCUAUGCCGUGAGGUGGUUGCCUGAAUCCGUUGAGGCAUUGGCUUCUGAUGUUCAUGCUUGGAGGAACAAAACCUUGGUAGAAACAAUUGUCUGCUUAUUGCCGUCUAACUAUGGUGGAGGCUGUUCAUGUAGCUUCUUGCUGAAGCUAUUGAAAGUGGCCAUAUUAGUUGGAGCAGGUGAGUCGUCAAGAGAAGAAUUGAUAAAGAGCAUUAGCUUUAGAUUGCAUGAAGCUUCUGUUAAAGACUUGUUGAUCCCUGCAAGGUCUCCCCAGACAACCAUUUAUGAUGUUCAAUUAGUACAUUGUCUUUUGAAUGGAUGGAUGACUUUUGAAAGGGAGAGUUGUGAAAUGGAAGUUGACGAGUACAGAGAUAAAGGAAAAAGCUUGGUGAACAUAGGCAGGUUGGUGGAUGGUUACCUAGCAGAAAUUGCACAUGACUCAAAUCUGGGCAUGUCUAGUUUUAUUGAAUUGUCACAGUCAAUUCCAGAGUUUGCUCGACCAAAGCACGAUGGUCUCUACAGAGCUAUUGACAUAUACUUGAAGGAGCACCCAAGUCUAACAAAAGCAGAAAGGAAGAAGAUAUGCGGUUUGAUGGAUGUGAAGAAGUUGACGGUGGAUGCAUCAAUGCAUGCUGCACAGAAUGAACGGCUUCCACUUCGGGUUGUAGUGCAGGUUCUCUUCUAUGAGCAGCUCAGAGCUUCUGCCAAUGUUCGAGCUCUCAGUAGCAAUCAAUGUGAUGAGGAAUAUGAGAAAGCAGUGGGGGAAAAUUGUGAGGCGUUCAAAGAUGAGAUGAGCCAUUUGAGCAUCAAAGAUGAAGAAGAGUUCUGUAAGAAAGGGAAACUGAGCAAGAAGAAUAGCAAAAGCAGCAAAAGUGGCAUGCAACUCCUACCAUCUCGAUCAAGGAGAAUCUUCGAUAAGUUGUGGAUUGUGGGGAAAGGUCACGGAGAGAAUAGGAGCUCCGAGACUUCAGGGAGUUCUAAUAGCCCAACAUCUGUAGUCCCUGCAGAUACCAAAUCAUCUGGUUCUUCGGCAAGACAGAGGAGGCAUUCUGUCUCAUAGGGAGAUGAAAUUUGCAGUUCAUAGGUUAUUUUAGCUAUCAAGGAAAAGAGAAAACUCGUGGUGGAAGUGUAAAUUGCUGGGUAUGGUAUUAGUUGAUCAUGAUGUUACAUUGCACGUACAGAAUUUAGAGAGAAUGGAGGGAAAACUUGCAGUACAGAAAGAUGGUACGAGGUAUCUGUUCUUAACGCCACCACCCCAUUGGGUUGGGGAUGAUCAUGUUUUAUGUAGGAUUUUUCGUGUAUAGAUAGGGGAUUGGAUGAAAUUUACAAGCUUUCUUUUGAUGUUUAUCUCAUUUAUAUAUAAGAAGACAUGCAUCA